AUGAUUCCUUCAUUCAAAUCCUGUCUUUCGAAAAGAUUAGGAAAUAAUAUAAAUUCAAUACGAGCAUUUUCAAAUUCAACAAUUUUCAAUCAAAAUCAAUCAACAACACAAUCAACUCAAGCAAGAAAAGAACAACAUUUAAACUAUUUAAGAAAUUUUUAUUCAGAUGAUUUAUUAGAAAGUAUUAAAUUAGCAGAAACUGUUGUUUCACCAAAAGAUUAUUAUGAAAAAAAACAUAAAAAAGUUAAAUUUGCACCACAAUAUUUAGAUGAUUUUGCAAAAUUUGAUUCAUUUUGGGAUCAUGCACAAAUUAAAGAACCUCAUAAAGUUGAUUGGAGAAAACCUUUACAAGUUGGUAAUAUGUCACCACCUCCAGGUUAUCAUCCACCAGCUGAUGCAUCUACAAGAAAAAAUAAAAAUAGUGAAAUUGCUAAAGGAUUAAGUAUAUUAACUGGAUUAUCAAAAGAAUAUAUUGAAAAAUUACAUGUUCGUCCAUUAAUUAUGAAGAGAGUUUCAAAUCAAACUGCUAAAGGUAAAAUUAGAUCAAGUUUUGCCAUUGUGAUAGUUGGUGAUAAAAAUGGUAUGGUUGGUGUAGGACAAGGUAAAGAUAGAGCAGAAAUGUCUGGUGCAGUACGUAAAGCUCAUUGGAAUGCAGUUAAAAAUUUAACAUAUAUUCCAAGAUUUGAAGAUCGUACAAUUAUUGGUGAUAUUGAUCAUAAUUAUCAUGGUUGUAAAUUACAUUUAAGAUCAGCACCUAAAGGUUUUGGAUUAAGAGUUAAUCAUUAUCUUUUUGAAAUUUGUGAAAUUGCAGGUAUUAAAGAUCUUAGUGCAAAAAUUUAUAAAUCAAGAAAUGGUAUGAAAAUUGCUAAAGGUAUUGUGGAAGCAUUAAGUUCACAAAAGACAUUAGAAGAAUUAUCAUUAAAUCGUGGUAAAAAAGUUGUUGAUUUACGUAAAACUUAUUAUUCAUCAUGA